GGUCAGAAAGGUGACGUCACGAAAGGACAAGGUAAUUCAGCGCGAGGAGGUCAUUCGGCCUCUGCGAGCGAAGAGGAGGCGCCAUCUUGACCGCAUCGAGAGAGUGAGUGGAUUUAUUCACCUUAAACACUUUAUACCGUCGAUUUAAACUCGAUUUAUCCAUCCGAAAUACUCCAUACCGUCUAUUGAAGCUCGUUAUCUUUGUAAACGGUGUGUUUUUAUUCUGUAGCUCUGUAGCUUCAGCUGUUUAGUUAGAUUUUACCCGCAGAGAGUCCACCUUGGAGCGGUCAUUGAGCUUCAUCUUAGCAUUUUAACUGUUGAAGUUAAACAGCCGAGCUGAAGUUGGAGGCUUCAUUAGAUCAGUGUUAAUAUAAUAAACUGCUUUUUGACUCAUUUUUGUUGAUGUUGCAUUGGAUUAGUGGCACAUAUAGCGUUUUAUUCAUUCACUCACGUUAACUGUUUCCUGAUCUCGUCACAGAAAUGCUGCGUUCAGGUUCCCCAUGAUGUUCGGAAUUUUUCCUUACUGAUCUAUGAAUGCCUGAUGUGGAAGAGAUACGCAUGUACUUAAAGUGAAUUCCGUAAUUAAAUGUCUGAUCGGGUUUUUAAAAAUUAGUCCAGAAUUAUCUUUCGUCAGGGAGUUUAUCCGAAAAUGUAAACGGCGAUCCUAAAACCGGUUUUUGUUCUAAGAGAUUAUAUAAAGGUCAUAGGUCAGGGAUUGUCCUUUUAAUCAGAUUCUUUUUGGCUUCAAACAAAAUGAACUAUUAGCAGUUUUUUAAUGUGAAUACAAAUGGAAACUUUCCUAAUCUAAACAUAUUUUAUAAACCUCAACCUGUUACUGUAGGGUUAUUUUUCAGUUAGAUAAUUAAGUAUUCUGUAGUUUAUAUUCCUAAGAGUUCUCUGUUUGAUUUGUACUAAUUUUAGCCAAUUUUAAAUAUAAUUUGAAUUUUUCUAGACAGUAGGAAUCUUUGAGCAAUUUGAUACGUCUUUCUCAAGCGAAUUAAAUGAACUAAUAUUCCAAACCCCACACCUGUUCCAGAUCAUCAUACUAAAACGUUUAAUUAGAUGCAUAAAUACCGCUGGAAUGUAAUUUUUUUUUUAGAAAACAUUUAAAGGACCAACUACUCUGGCUUUAAAUAAAAUGUUUUUGUGUGUAUGAUUAAAUCUUCUUGCAUUUGAUGAAAUGUGCGUUUGCCUCAUUAAAGUGAAAGUGUGUCCUCCCUGUUAGAAACUCGUUUAUACGAUUAUCUACAGAGAACGUGAACACACACUGCUACAGCCGACACGUGACAGUUGAAUGUGCGCGAGAGUGCCGGUGGGCGGGAUUUUUUACGUAGGAUCGUAGGGGAAGGUCCCGCCUCCUCCCCCCCAUGAUUGGCUGUGAAACGUCAUUUUUUUAUUAUUAUUUUUUUUUUCAUCAGUUUAUUUUUAAUUUGUUUUUCCAUUACUUUUUGUAUAUUAUUUAUUAUUAUUUUAAAUAUUUUUCAUUAUUUUUUUAUUUUAAUUUUAUUUGUAUUAUUUCCUAUUAGUUUUCAGUACUUUUUAGAAUAUAUUUCUUUUAUUUAUAUUUUUCAUUUAGUUUUUAAAUAUUUUUUAUAUUUUUUUAUUUAUUUUUAUAUAUAUUCUUAUUCUCUUUUUUUUUUUUUUUUGUCAAAUUUUUUUACUGAAUCUCCUAACCUUAAGCCUAACCUUACAGACGUUGACGUUUCACAGCCAGAAAGAAUAACCAAUCGGAGCCCAUCACUUGUAACCAAUCAGAGGCGAAGGAGGGCGGGCCCUUCCCUACCAUGCUGCGUGCCGGUUGGUGGGGGGUGGAGCUCUUCUCAGUCACCGCUGCUGUUAGCCGCGCUGCUAACACGAAGCUAACUUGUUGCUCCUCCUCACAGCAGGCAGGACGCCGCCAUGUACCCGACCGUUCUGACACAGCUGGCCCGGGCCAACCCCUUCAGCGCUCCCCUCUUCAGCCUCCAGAAGGUGGAGGAACCCCAACAGAACCUCCAUGGGCAGAGGACCCGCACGCUGGCGGCGGCCGCAACCUCCGAAGGUAACCGCUGCAGAGUCCGGGGAAGAGCUAGCGUUAGCGGUAUCUUAGCCCCGCAGAUCCGCUCCGUUUCCUCCUUUUUAACCGCAAAGUCUUUAAUUUCUAUAGUUUGUUAGUGCAGUUAUCCUGCUGCUGAGUGUAGGGUUUUGUCUGUGGCUCUUUUGUUUCUUGAAUAUUAAAGUUCUUCGGGUUUUUUGAAGCUGUUAGCUGGUAGGCCUCUGCUGCAGACUGGGAGCCUGUGGAGGACAAGGAAGGACAAAGUGGGAUCUUAGCUUUGGGCUGCAGAAAACUGGAUCCUCUGAGCUGCACUAGAUCUGCAGGAGGAUCUUUAGGAUCAAUAAUGUGGAGCAGGAAUAGGAACCAUAAUUAGGUUGCAUAAUAACCACAAACUAACCUUGAGUGACACGUGAUCUCUGGCUGGAGGGGAACAAACUGUCCCAGCUUGGAUGAUGUUUGAAGGGUUGUAAAAAUGACCCCCCAAAUAACUUUAAUGUCUGAGAGUAAUUCUGCACCGAGACAAGUGUUAAAAUCAGUCAAGUUCAGCCAAACAGAGCAUGUGUGGGCCUCUUGAAGUCUCUGUUUAUCUUCAUUUCUGAAGAUUAUGGUGAUAUUUUUAGAUUUAAGGGAAUUUAAAGCUCCUGCAGAUCUUUGAAAUGUUUUAAUUUUGAUAUUUCUCAAACCCUAAAUACCCUAUAGAUUUACACAGAUGCAUUAACCAAACAAGAACAGAAGUGAAGGACAAGUAAAAAGGAGAAACAUGUCUGAGGAACUUUGCUCCUGAAAAUUUCAGAGUAACUCGCUGGCAAAGGCAAACAUUUGAUAAAAAGCAUGUUAUUGUGGGGUGUAUAUAUUUUAAAGCACAGCAUACCUGUGUUAGUUUGUUCGUCUCCAAAAAAAAGGUUCUUGUUGUAUUUUCUUCCUGUGAGGGUCUUAGAAGGUCAUGUGAAGUUUUGGAUUUCUGUUUAAAGGUUAAUAUCUUAACUGUAAUUCUGCACUGUGACAAGUGUUAAAAUCAGUCAAGUUCAGCCAAACAGAGCACGUGUGGGCCUCUUUAAUUCUCUGUUUAUCUUCAUUUCUGCAGAUUAUUGUGAUAUUUUUAGAUUUAAGGGAAUUUAAAGCUCCUGCAGAUCUUUGAAACAUUUUUAAUUUUGAUAUUUCAAGGUCACACAAACUCCGGUUCUUCAAUUAUUAAUUAGACUUAUUAAAAUCUACCAUCUAGAAAGAGCUAAACACUGUGAAUUAGCAUGUUUAAAAAUGCGUUUGUUGCAGCUGAUUACAGACGCAUUAACCAAACAAGAACAGAAGUGAAGAACGAGUAAAUAAGAGCGUGCAAGUCUGAAGAACUUUGCUCCAAAUUGAAGAAUUCAGAGAGAAACUUCAGAAUCAGAGAUACUUUAAUGAUCCUCAGGGGGAAAUAGCUUUUGUCUCGGUAACUCCAGUGCAAACAAAGUAGAACGAGGAGAUGAACAAUAGAUAAAAUAAAGAGAUAAUAUACAAGUUUGUACACUAUAUACAACACAAAAUAGUCAAAUAGUAUGCAUGUACUAUUACAGUAAAUUUGUUUUCUGGUAUAUAUGUUAAGGCUCAGCAUACCUGUUAAUUUGUUUCUCUUUAAAAAAAGGGGUUUUGUUUCGUUUUCUCCCUGUGAGGGUCUUAAAAAGGUCGUGUGAAGUUUUAGAUUUCUGUUCAAGGUUAAUAUCUUAACUGUACUUCAGUUCAGCGUCAGGUGAUGUUAAUGCGGGUCAUCAAUCCUAUCAUAAACUCCUGCGUUUAUCAAUCUGUCUUCACGGUAAAAGUCCUGCCCAGAUUUAAAGUCUUAAGUUGUUGAUGUGUUUCUCAGGAGUGUAUGAAGUAAGAGCACAGGUGUGUUACAGAGUCACAUAGCUUUGUUUUGAGACUAAACAGUUGCAGGUAGGCAGGUUAAACCACUGCUUCAUGCUCAGGGGCAGGACUUGGUUUUGGUAGUUUCAGGUCUGAAGGGAGCGUGUAGAAAUAUUUGAGUGGUCAGGCAGGAGCUCCAGCCUCUCGUCGUCCUGACCGUGUCACUGUGUCACUUCCUCAGAGGGAGACAGUUGUGAGUUCGGCUCUCAGAAGUAUUUCGUCCUGUGUGGAUUUGGUGGGAUUCUGAGCUGUGGCACCACACACACAGCUGUCGUUCCCCUCGAUCUGGUCAAAUGCAGAAUGCAGGUCUGUCUUUGCGUCCCGGCGCCUUCUUUUUUUUUUACCGUCACGUCUCAUCCACUCACAACCCUCGUGUUUUUUUGUCUUUUUGAAAAUGCACCAAUUUGCAUGAGACAAUAGUGUCCGCCCCCGUUGUGGCGAGGUUGUAUAUUUUGACAUUAAUUCCCAUGAUUCCAAUGUGUUGGAGUGAUCAUAACAUGGCUGCAUGACUCUGCACCGGUGUUCCUGUGUGUUCAGCCCCCAGCCCAACCCCCCCCCCCCACUCAGUCUGUAGUCCAGGACUCAGUGUGUGAAGGUCAGGAGAGUCAGACCUGAAGGAGAACACGUCCUGAAUGUUGACAUGUAAAGACAGGUGGACAGUCUGAAAAUAUUCCUGCAUAUAUGAAUCAAACUCCUCUCUAUUGAACUUAAACACACCUGAUGAUUGAACUCUUACUGUCAGGUAAGUGUCGAAGUGAUGCUUCAGUUAGAGACGACACAGAGACUCUGUUGGCUGGGGUUUUUAUUUUUAAAUGUCUUAAAUUGAAUAUAUGACUUAAUUGUUGUUAUUCAAUGAUUUUAAUGAUUGAUUUUUGGACCACAGUGAUGUUUGGGAAUCUUCUUAAUGUCACCUGAUGAUGCACAGUUCGAUUAACACUUAAAUUAAGAUUAUUUAAUGUGUUCAUUUCAAUCUUCAGCUCUUUUUAAAUUCAGGUUUUAUUUUGUACUAAAGAUUAUUUAAAACCUGUUCAAAGAGGAAAAAAAAACGUUUUUACCGUAUAAAUCCAUGAGAAUUGAACACUUUUGCCUUUUAAAUGAUAAGAUGAAACAUCGCAGUGUUUGAUUAUUCUGGUUAUUUAAACGGUGAGACUUUGUUUUUGGUGUUUACCAUCUUUGCAGAGCGCUGGAUUCAUGUAACCUGCUGCUCUUUUACAACUUUAUUACAAAAAAUACUGAGAAUUCUGGAAAACUUUUGAAAGUCAGGUCUCAUGUUCAUACCGUAUUUUUCACACACUAAGGCGCACUUAAAAUAUUUUAAUUUUCUCGAAUCCUCAGUGCACCUUAUGUAUGAAUUCUGGCUGUGCUUACUGACCUCAAACCGAUUUUAUGUGGCACGCAGCGCUCAAAAAUCUGUCAAUGUUUUAUUACGACAUUAAAAAAUUUAAUUUUGUAUUAAAAAAACCUUUAAAGACUCAAAUCUUUAACAUAAAUACACCGUUUUAUUGAGUAAAAGUGCAUCUUUGAGGACAGAGGAGGACCACGACAUGACGCGUGCCUUUCAAAAUAAGCUAUUUUCCAAAAUAAAAGACGUGUCAAACAUCAGACUCGCAUUAAAUAUUUACUUUUUUUGACCAGCUGUUCGCGACCCAUCCAGAACAUGUCUGCGACCCACUUUUGGGUCAGGACCCACCAGUUGAGAACCACUGCUCUAAAGCUUGAAAGUGGACCUUAAAGAUCAUGUGACCUUGUUGUGCUUUAAGUCGCUGAAAUCGCCCGUCUGUGAGACUAAAAGUAGAAAAAAAACAGAAAUUACGGUUUUGUAACCCUAAGAGAAAUCACUGCAUCGUUAAAUCAGGUUAGAGGAAAGACUGAGAAGUGAAUUUCUGUUAUCCUGAAGUUUAUCACCAAAUUAAACUUUAGUGUUUAAAAUAAUUGAACAGAAAUGAAGGUUAUUUAAUGGUUUAUUGUCUCACUCAUCACUGUGGUCCUGCAGAUGUUUGACAUGAAUCACAUUUGUUCACUGAUUUAUUUAUCGACCUGUGGUGUUUUAUCCUAAUGAUGGCAGCAUGUUAUUGGCAGAGCCAUUACUAAUGAAGGAGUCUGACACUGUAAUAAACUGUUCUCUGAUUGGACGAGAGGAGCCCGCGGGUUUCCUCCUGCAGUGAGGCUCCUCCCUUAUGUGGCUCUGCUGCUGUGGUGGUGUUGAUUUUUGUCCUGUGCUGCAUGUGACCUUGUUGCAUGUUGCAUGCAUGUUGUGUGUCCCCCCUCCCUUCUGUCACAGAGAGCUGCGAGUUUGGCUCCAAUAAGUACUAUGCCCUGUGUGGUUUUGGGGGUAUCCUGAGCUGCGGCCUCACACACACAGCAGUGGUGCCCCUCGAUCUGGUCAAGUGCCGUCUGCAGGUUUGUAUGGAUGCUGACCCCCCACCCCCCCCCCACUGUAGUGACCAGUACCCAGCAGCCCGGCGUCUCUCAGAGGGGGCGGUGUCCUUAUUUUGAACCUCCUCUUUUUGUCCACAUGUGUACAGAUAUUUAAAACUCCUCAUGGCGUCAAAGAAGUUUCAGAGAAGAAGAACAAAGAGCGGAGAUGUUGAAAUCGAAGUUUGAAUCUGUGCGGACACGUCAGACUGGGGUUGGGAAAUCAGGACGCCAUGAAUGAGUCUGCACAUGCCCAGUGCUGCUCUGUCCUGUUAGCUUUAAAGUGAACCCUCAUCCCAUCAGAGCAGAGCUGGAAGAGUAUUCGGGCUCGGACGAUAUGAUUUUCUCCUGAUUUGAUAUUCUCCAAUUUUUUGGAUGCUGAUUUGAUUUAAUCUGCGAUUCUUCGAUAUUGUCUGUUUUUAUUCUGUAUUUUUAACUCCAGUGAAACGGUUGGAUGAUUAUGAUUGUCUACUGACUAAUCCAGGAAAAUUUCCCCAAAAAACACAAACCACAUGUUGGUCAGUUUUUAAGAUUUAUUCUGAAAUAAAAAAAUAAAAAAUUUGAACAUAAAAAUCAAUUUAAAAAUUGUAAAACAAAAAAACUUGAUACUUACGUGAAUCAAUUUAUUCUCCCACCCCUAAAGAGUGUUAAUUUAAAAAAAGGUCUAAAUGUGGCCGUGGAGCAUAAAUCUGUUAGUCGGGCUCUAAAGUGAGAGGACUUAGAGAGACGGCCGGCAGCUGAAGUUAUCCUUCUUUAAUGAAGAUUUCCUGCUUUAUAAUUCUACUUAUUUAACACAAUAUCAGACUAAAUACAUAUAUGUGAUAUUUUAUUUUAGAGGCUACAGGUGAGCUCUACAAAUCAACCUCUGAACAUGUCCAGAUGAUCCUCGAUAAAUUCUAAAUAACUCCUCCUCAGUGUCAGAUAAUUCACAUGGGAGUUUAAAAUACAAAAAGAAGAAUAAAGGGUCAACUUCAGGAAACAGUUAAAAAAAAAAGGCAAGAAAACAUGGAAAUUUCCCCCCGUGGGACUAAUGAAGCAUCAUCUUAUCUUAAAGUUUUUAUGUCUUACAUGUCCUGUUAAAAAAACCCACAAACCCCUCACCUGUUCUCUGAACCGGGGGUCUCGGGUUCGGCUGAAACAGGAAGUUGUCCGACUUGAACAUAAAUCAAUUAUCGCAGAUUUUCAAUCCUGUAGUUUUGUCUGUUAUAUCAGCUCUGCCUGUUGUCAGCUUUAUGUGUCUUUUACCGAUCAAACCCCUGAUAACUGGAGAUAAUGAUGAUUAUUUUUAACUGUUUACAUUAAAAAAUAUCUCAAAGUGAUAACAGAGGUUAUCACCUGAAGUUUUCAUGAAGAAUCGACUCUUACAAGAAAUCAAACUUUCACUCUCUGAAUCAUCCGAGUAUGGCAGCAGUAAACUUUUACGACAUGAUCUUUUAGAAGUACUUUUUAUUUCUCAUGUACCUGUAAAUAUCUGUAUUCAUGUGGACAAAGCCUGAGUCAUUCUACUUUAUCAAAGUUCAAUUUGCAGUAGAUUUCGAUGGUGCCAAAUUUGAUCCCCAUCAGAAAAUGUGUGACAGUUUCCCCGUAAUGUGACCCCCCUCAGCUGUAGUCCAGCCCCCCCUCCAGACACUUCAGACCAGUUCCUCAUGGAUCCUCCUGUGAUCUCUAAAACCUGCCUGGAUCAGCUGAUCUCUGAGCUGCCUCUCUUUUCUCCUCACGCCUCCUCACACUGUUUUUCUCACCUGCUUCAGGUGAACCCAGAUAAAUACAAGAGCAUCGGAAACGGCUUUUCAGUGACAGUGAGGGAAGAUGGAGUCAGAGGUCUGGCGAAGGGCUGGGCCCCCACCUUCAUCGGAUACUCCAUGCAGGGACUCUGCAAGUUCGGCUUCUAUGAGGUCUUCAAGAUCGUGUACAGCGACAUGCUGGGAGAGGUGAGUGCAGACAGACCUGAGGAGAAGGUGUUCGUUCUCACCUGUGUGACGUUCUGACUGUGGUGGAGUGAAGCUCAGGUGUCUCUGUAGAUACGAGAAGGUUUAGAAGACUGUAAGAGGACCUGUGUCCAAACUGAGCAGGUCUGAGAGCUUCAAAUCAAAGUUCAGGACCGUUCAGUCGAGGCUUCACUCUUUUUAUUAUUUCUAAUGUCAAAUUUAACCUUCAGUUUCUACUAAGUGGACUUUCAUCAUCUUUAUUUUGAGCUGACAGUCACAGUUGGAAAGAUUAAAUUUGGUGAAAGUUCUUAUUUUUCUUAAAAAGAACAAAAACGUGUUUCACCCUCAGAACUCCGUCGACGUGUUUUCUCUACAUCCAGCCGACUUUGUCCACAAAUCAGACAACAGACUUACAUUAAAAACACGUUUGUUUUGACCCACCAAAGUCUGUGUUAAUAAUCUGUGUACCGCCUGUCUCCUCCCCUCCUCCUCUAACAGGAGAACACCUACCUGUGGAGGACAUCGCUGUACCUGGCCGCCUCAGCCAGCGCAGAGUUUUUCGCUGACAUCGCCCUGGCUCCCAUGGAGGCUGUGAAGGUCCGUAUCCAGACCCAGCCGGGCUACGCCAACACCCUCAGACAGGCGGUCCCCAAGAUGUACGGCGAGGAGGGUAUCUGGGCGUAAGUGUGCCGCCGCCGCCGUCUUAAGUCAUGUCGAAGUGUCAGUCCGUCAGUUAGUAUCAGAAAACAUCAACACGCUCCUUAGAUCCACCUCUGGAGGGCGCUGUGCUCUAAGCUCCGCCCCUCAGCAGCUUCACGGCUGUACAGUCGGAGGUGCUUGAGUCAUUGGCGUGUGAGAACAGUCCACCUGUCCUCCAGUCCACCUGCAGCUCUGGAAACCCUGAUCACCAGACAGGGAGACCCCGGAGCUGCCAGUCUGGAGGACGGACAAACACAGAUCAGAGACAGGAUCAGGACUGUGGUCCAGGUCUCUCAGAUCCACCGAGCUCAUGUCUCCUCUUCUUUCCUGUUCCUAGUUUCUAUAAAGGUGUAGUUCCUCUGUGGAUGAGGCAGAUCCCCUACACCAUGAUGAAGUUCGCCUGUUUCGAGCGUACCGUGGAGCUGCUCUACAAGUACGCCGUCCCCAAACCUCGCAGUGAGUGCAGCAAAGCCGAGCAGCUGGUGGUCACCUUCGUGGCUGGAUACAUCGGUGAGUAAAGACACCUGAACCCUGACAGUAACUAACCCUUAGACAAGACAUCCCCUUUUGUUUUGGAGAAGAGAGUAGGUUGACAGGCAGCCAAUGAAGAGCUUUAAGAGUACUGGAUAUAUGAGUCCUCCUGUUAGCGCGGGUGGGAAUUCUCGCUGCAGAGUUUUGCAUGUCUUCAUCAAAGAUGGUUUAGCUGACUGGCCUAAAUCACCCUGGUACUGUUUAAUCCCUGGAACUGAAUCAUUAGGGCCAAUAACCAGGGUUUCUGUUUUGUCAGCAUUUAGCUGCCAAGAGUUUUCACUGAGCCAUUGUUUAACUUCCUCUAAGGCAGGGGUGUCAAAGUCAAAUGGACGGAGGGCCAAAUAAAAAAUUUAGCUACAAGCCGAGGGCCGGACUGAUCGAAUGUUCAUUGAAAAUUUUUUAAAUGACGCAUAUAGUCUAGUGAACCUAACUGAACCUACUGAAAACCUAACAAAUAUAUUCCAAUAUGAUCAGAUAAAUAAAGCAAUAUUUUCUUCUGGCUCUGUCAGUAAUCUUUAAUUUUCAACACAAAAGACAAAUUUCCUUUAUAUAAAAAUCCCCAUAACAUGAACAUUAAAUGAAAGAAACCGGUAUUAUUCAAGGCACCAUCAGUAGCCUAUAUUUUCUAUUUUAGCAAAAGUGGGCUAAAUUUACUUCAAAGAAAAAAAUAAUAAUAGCAAUUUUCUAUCAUCCACUCAACUGAAAUAUUUUUAAAAUAUAAUUUUGUUUUUGUCCGCGUGUUUCGUUUCAUAAUGUCGUCUCAGAUUAUACUCUUUCAGUACCGCCACACUUUCUCCACACAGAAGACACACAGGUUUUCCAGCUACCUCCGUGAACAUAUACUCAGACUCCCACCUUGUUUGAAACCCCCGGUUCUCAGUGUCCACCUUCCGUUUUGCCAUUUUUGAUGGGUAUCUGAAAGUUAAUUUUACUGUUAUGCUGACGACUGCUGUGCUAAUAAAUAUUGAAAUGAAGCAGCCUACUGCUCGGUGCGUCACCGUUGCAUUGUGGGAAAUGUAGUAUUGGUGCGUGUAAAAGAUCUGCGGGCUGCCGGCUUGCUGCGGUCUGCGGGCCGGUUCUAAUAAUAAAUCAAGAUCAUCCCAGGGGCCGUAAAAAACCUUCUCGCGGGCCGGAUGUGGCCCGCGGGCCUUGACUCUGACAUAUGUGCUCUAAGGAGUUAAGCUUCUGGAUCUCCGUAGGUUUAAAGGAGCAGUAAAUCUGGAUAUCAUCAGCAAACCGGUGGAAUGAAACGUCACUGAACCUUUGGAUGAUCUUUCCCAAAGAUCAUCCAGGAUUUCUGAUGUCGCCAAAAAUAUAACCAAAGCUCCAAAGUCUAACAUGAAUAAAUAACUAAUCAUUAAUACUAAAACAUCAUUUUUGUGUGUAUUUUCAAUCAAACUGCUUUAAUUUACUUUUAAACUCUGCUAUAGUAGUAAACACGUUUUUUUUAGUGUGGUACAAACACCUGGUUGUUUUAAAUGUCGUUCUCCUCUUAAUAAAAACCUUCCCUCUCUUCCAUUAAACAUUUUCUGUAUAUUACUCAGAGUAGAUUGUUAUUAUCUUUAUACAUCGUCUGUGCUGAUCUAAAUUCAACUAGAUCAAUAAAUUUUAAUACUCUUAAUUUCAGAAACAGUUCAUUAGUAUGAUACCUUGUUAAUAAUCCUUAUUUCUCUCUUUUUAAUAAUAAAAAUAGUUUGUAAAUUUGUUUCAUAUGUAUUUUCCCAGACUUCUGUGCACUAAGUCAGAUAUUGUAAUAUAAGCGUUUUUUUAUAAUAAGUCUAAAGUUUUAUGGUUUAAUUUGUGUCCGAGCCAGUUUAGACCUAACAGUUUAUUUGGGGUUGUCAGCUGAGAUUAUCGUCCGUUUUCAGCCCUAAAAAAGUUUAACUCAUAAACCCUUUCUGUCUUAAAAUUAUCAAUACUUACUUCAACCUCUGGAUUUGGUUGAAUUGAUCUCUUUCCAAACACUCUGAACUUUGUCUUCGUCAUGUUAAGAGAGUUUAUUCUCAUCAAACCAUAAUUUCACUGAGGUAUCCUGCAGCAGCUGGUUUAGAGUCUCUCCUGUACAGAAAUAUUUACAUCAUCUGCAAAAAUCACAGAUUUUAAAACACUAGAAACUUUAUUUAUGUCAUUUAUAUAAUAAUAUGAAUAAUUUUGGCCCUAAUAUUGAACCCUGUGUCACUCCAAGGUUAUAUGUAGAUAUGUCGACCUUUGCUCACCUGUCUGUACACUAACGUUUGAUCCAGCUAAGCCCCGCCCCUCUGAUACCACACCUGUCUAAUUUUAACAGGAUGUCACGAUUAAUCGUGUCAAAAUCUUUGACGCUUUACUCUGAGUUCUUAUAAAGUUUAGAAAAAUCCACAUUUGAUCCUAAAAGACUCCAGGUUUGAAGAGUUAACCUCUGACCUCUGACCUCUGUCUCUCUCUCCUGUACAGCUGGUGUGUUCUGCGCCAUCGUCUCUCACCCCGCUGACUCCGUGGUCUCUGUGCUGAACAAGGAGAGCGGCAGCACCGCAUUCCAGGUCCUGAAGAGGCUGGGACCCAAAGGUGAGUACCAACAAGGACCGGUUCUACAUGAACCACAGUGAGGUCCACAUCAACACGCUCCUUAGAUCCACCUCUGGAGGGCGCUGUGCUCUAAGCUCCGCCCCUCAGCAGCUUCACGGCUGUACAGUCGGAGGUGCUUGAGUCAUUGGCGUGUGAGAACAGUCCACCUGUCCUCCAGUCCACCUGCAGCUCUGGAAACCCUGAUCACCAGACAGGGAGACCCCGGAGCUGCCAGUCUGGAGGACGGACAAACAGAACAUGAACAGAACCAGAACAUCUGCAGAGUUUGGACCGUGAUCAAACCUGUGUGUGUGUGUGUCUCUCUCUCUCUCUCUCUCUCUCUCUCUCCUGCAGGUGUGUGGAAGGGUCUGAUCGCCCGUAUUAUCAUGAUCGGCACCCUGACCGCCCUGCAGUGGUUCAUCUACGACUCUGUGAAGGUCUACUUCCGUCUGCCCCGCCCCCCUCCCCCAGAGAUGCCCGAGUCCCUGAAGAAGAAGCUGGGUCUCACAGAGUAAAGCCCCUCCUCUUCCUCCUCCUCCUCCUCCUCCUCCUCACCUCCUCCUCCUCAGAGCGCACAGCAGCAGCAGCAGUUUUCUAUAUUUAUGUUGUCGGCUCCUCGUUCUCUCUGCUCAGAGUCGGAGCUGCUUCUACUCAUGUAUAUUUAAAACAAGCGAGGAGACGGCGAGCCUGUCGCCCCGACAGGAAACCUUCCUCUGUAGAAACGCCACCUGUCUGGUUUGAUCAUUUCCUGUCAUUAGAAAAUUGUUGGAAUUCUAAUAAAAGAAUUAAACCCCCCAGGAAACACCGACUCUGGAGUUUAU